AUGGAAGGCUUUUUGCGCUCCGUUCUUCUUCAGUUGGUCGAGCAGGAUCCAACUUCCAGGUUAUCUUUUCAUGAAUAUUGUCGCAAACGCAUGAUUGGGGAAACUGUCGAGCAAAGAAAAAGCGGCAGUCUCAAGUGGCACCCAAUCGAGUUACAAAGGCUUUUUGAAACUCUGGUAUUUGAUGGAUCUAUUGGAGGUCAUAUUUCUAUCUUUGUCGACGCUGUGGAUGAGUGCCUGGACCAGGAAAGAGAUCAGCUUAUCGGUUUUCUUCAUAGCAUCAGAGGAAAAGAUGCAGAAAGAUCUGAUCGGCCAAGGAUAUUUCUUACCUGCCGCCUAUAUCCCGUUGAGAGCUUUGUGGUGGACUUUAGCAUCCGCAUGGAGGAGAAGAAUCAACUGGACAUUCAGGAAUAUGUGGAUCAGAAGUUGCGCAUUCCGGGAGAGGAGGAGUCAGAUGUGAUUCACUUCAAAAAUUCUCUUUUCAGCCAAACACGUGGGUUGUUCCUCUGGGUUGUUCUAGUGGUCAAUCGUGUCCAUGAGAUGAGUGCACAGGGGCUUCCCCUGGGAUACAUUGAAACGCAUAUCUUCAACUGCCCAGUGGAAUUGAAUGGACUCUACAAAGCGUUGCUUGGAAGUCUCAGGGACGAAGAACUACCAGAAGCGGGGAGACUGUUUCAGUGGAUUCGCUUUUCUUGUCGACCAUUACUCCUGGAAGAGAUCAAGAUUGCAAUGUCUUGUCAUCUGGGUACACUUCCCGGGCCAGCAGAGAUAGGAGGCCGCAAAGUCCCAGCGGUUUCCAUGAGUGAUCAACAGAUGAUGAGAAGGAUCCUACAUCUCGGAAAGGGUUUGAUCGAGAUUGCCGAUACAGAAGCUUCCCAAAACAGAUCUCUUGUCCGAUUCCAUCAUGAAACCGUGAAAUAUUUCAUGGACACGUGUGGAUUGGAGUAUCUCAACUCUAGAAUCAGUUCAAGACGGGGCCUUGACGAGACAGCUGAUUUUCAGCUCGCCAAUACAUGCAUCUCCUAUUUGUCAUCAGAAGAGAUAUAUGUGGCAUCCAUCGGUGAACGUGAGAGAUUGCUAUCGGAUUUUCCCUUUCUGAAAUAUGCAGCAGAACAUUGGAUAGACCACGCUGUCCAAGCAGAAGUGAAAGGCUUUGGGAGUCGCGUCAGUGUGCCCUCACCAAAGACCAUCGAAUACUGGUCAAAAAUUUGCAAAACUCUCGGGAAUGAGAUCAUAGAGGUUCAGGAACAAGGAACUACCAUCAUGCACCUGGCAGCACAGCACGGGCUACUGAGUAUGGCGGAGAAGAUGAUGGGCUUGCCGAGCAAACUGAGUGCCCUUGGAAUGUGCCGAUCCCCAAUAGCUAGAGCUAUGACUCUCGCAGUGGAUCGUCUUCUAUUGUGGGUCCUGAUUCUCAUCAUAUAUGUAUCAGGGAUCGCAGCUUUUCACACGGCCGAGCUAGCGGGAGGCAUGUUGCCAAAGAAAAUGUCAACUCACACAAUUCCAGAUCUGCUGGAAACCUGGCUAAAAGUGAUAUUGGCUUUGAAGUGCAGCGAUGAUCAGAGGGCAUUGAUUCGAAAAUUGGAUGGUCGGGGGAGUUCAGCUAUGCAUCGAGCUGCUACUUCUGGACAGCUAGGGAUGGUGAAGCACCUUUGCUCUCACAAAGCUAACUCGAGGGCUAUCGACAUUUUUGGAAACACACCAAUGUUUAGAGCAUCAUUCAACGGCCAUCUGGAAAUCGUCAAAUUUUUGCACGCACAUGGAGCAGAUGCUGAUAUCCACACUCUUGAUGACGAUCACUGGACACCGAUAUAUGCUGCGUCAACUAAAGGCCAUCUCGAGGUGGUCAAAUACCUCCACACUCAUGGUGCUAAUAUUCACAUACCUGAUAGCGAUCAUUGGACACCAAUAUAUGCUGCGUCAUCUCAUGGCCAUCUUGAGGUGGUCAAAUACCUCCACGCCCAUGGCGCUGAUAUCCAUAUACCUGAUAGCGAUCACCGGACCCCAAUACUUACCGCGUCACUUUUUGGUCAUCUUGAGGUUGUCAAAUACCUCCACGCCCAUGGCGCUGAUAUUCACAUACCUGAUAGCGAUCAUUGGACACCAAUAUAUGCUGCGUCAUCUGAUGGCCAUCUUGAGGUGGUCAAAUACCUCCACGCCCAUGGCGCUGAUAUUCACAUACCUGAUAGCAAUCAUUGGGCCCCAAUAUUUGCUGCGUCAUGUCAUGGCCAUCUUGAGGUGGUCAAAUACCUCCACGCUCAUGGCGCUGAUAUCCAUAUACCUGAUAGCAAUCACUGGACCCCAAUACUUACCGCGUCACUUUUUGGUCAUCUUGAGGUGGUCAAAUACCUCCUCGCUCAUGGUGCUGACAUCGAGAUGCCCGGUAAAUCUCUCCUAACGCCGAUAUAUGCUGCAUCACUCAAUGGACAUCUCGAGGUAGUCAAAUUCCUCCAUGUCACUGGUGGGAAAAUGCAGACUCCGAGUAAAGAUUGUUGGUCGCCCUUACUUGCUGCAUCAUACAAGGGUCGUCUCGAGGUGGUUGAAUACCUCAUCGCUCAUGGUUCUGAUAUCCAAACAUAUGAUAAUGACAAGGAUCUCUGGACACCGAUAUUUACUGCAUCACUCAGGGGACAUUUAGAGGUAGUGGAGUUUCUCCAUGCUCACGGUGCUGAUAUCCACGUGCCUAAUGGAGAUAUCAGAACACCAAUAUAUGUCGCGUCGGAGAAUGGACAUCUGGAAGUGGUCAAAUUCCUCCAUGCCCACGGUGGUGACAUCCAUCGUCCUGACAAGGAUCACCAGACACCGAUGUUUAUUGCAUCAAUCAAAGGACAUCUAGAGGUAGUGGAAUUUCUCCACGCUCACGGUGCUGACAUCCAUGCACCUAAUAAAGACAACAGGACACCAAUGUAUGUCGCAUCGAAGAAUGGACAUCUUGAGGUGGUCAAAUUCCUCUACGCCCACGGGGCCGGUGCUGAUAUUCACACCUCGGACCGCGAUGGUGCAACUCCUAUCUUUGCAGCGUCUGAAUCGGGACAUCUCGAACUCAUCAAGUUUAUAUGCGACCAUGGGGCCGAUGCUGAUAUUCAUCGUGGAACUAAUGACGGCUGGACUCCGUUAGCCGUAGCAGCUGAAAUGGGACAUCUUGAGGUUGUCAGGUUUCUAUACGAGCGUGGGGCUGCUGCGGAUACUCAUCGGGCAAGUGAUGACGGCUGGACUCCAUUGGCCAUGGCAUCUGGAUCGGGACAUCUCGAAGUUGUCAGGUUUCUAUACGAGCAUGGGGCUACUGCGGAUACUCAUCGGGCAAGUGAUUACGGCUGGACUCCAUUGGCCAUGGCAUCUGGAUCGGGAUAUCUCGAAGUCAUUAAGUUUCUAUUCGAGCAUGGAGCUGAUACCGAUAUCCACCACGCAACCAAUGACGGCUGGACUCCAUUUGCCUUAGCAUGUUCUUCGGGCCAUCUUGAAGUCGCCAAGUUCCUAUACAAGCAUGGAGCUGAUACUGAUAUCCAUCGGCAUAGCCUUACCGGAUCAACUCCUUUGGCCGCAGCAUCGAAAUCGGGGCAUCUUGAAGUUGUCAAAUUUCUCUACGAGCACGGUGCCAGCAUCAAAGCUACGGACGCAUGUGGGCGAACUCCGCUUUCCCUUGCAUCUGCAAGAGGCCACCUAGCCAUUUUGCAGGAGCUCUUUUCUUGGGGCGCCGUUGUCAAUACCAUGGAUCGAUAUGGCUCAAGCCCACUGUUCUUGGCUGUACGGAACGGGCAUGAAUUAGUUGUCGAUUGGUUCCUUGCCAUGCCCGGAGCAUCCCUGCAGUUAAAAGACAAUUUUGGGCACACUUUGCUCUGGUGGGCCAAACGAUGUCAGAAAACUAGUAUUGCAGAUGCUCUUGUUCGAUUUGCCCAAAUCAGAGGCAUAGAAGUAUGUGAGGGCGAUUUGGCCGUGGAGCCCAGCUCUAUGCCGACGGGUAAAACCAAACGUUGUGAUGCAUGCACUCGAUUAAUUUCCUUAUUAGUUGCGUGUCAUAAUUGUCCCAUCUGUCUCGAUACCACUUUUACCAUUUGCGUGGAGUGCUUUGAGAUGGGCGCUCGCUGUCUGAAUGAGUCUCACGAGUUGGUUUUGCAGCGGUCUUCGACAUAG